GGCGCCCCUGAGACCGUGUUAUUCAUGUUAAUUGUACCAUACCGCACGUAUCGCAAAAAUUGUUUAUAUUUUGAAAUCGAAAAUGCCAAAAGAGGAUUGCAAAUACUGGGAGAAGUGCUAUCAGCGUAAUCCUGCCCAUUUGUCCAAAUAUAAUCAUCCAGAGAAGCCAGACGAGAAAAAAGAACAAGGCGCAGAAGAAAGAAAAUUGGCGCCAAAAAGAAGUGCAUCCUCCCAGGCGGAGGAAAAGGAGAAGGAUAAGCCCACGAAGACGGAGGAAAAAGAGAAGGAUAAGCCCGCGCAGUCGGAAGAAAAGGAUAAACCCAACACAAGUAACUCUAGUGGUGACAUGGAAGACAAAGAGGAGGCCAAGGGAAGCUAUGAAUCCGAAACAGCGGAGCUUCACAAGGAAGCUAUGAACAACAUAUCAGGGAAGAACUACAUGGAGAUCCUUGAGAAGCGCAUACGACUUUCCGUGCAAAAGGAGUACGACAAUCUCUGCGAAUCAAACGAGUUCAUUAGGCACAAAUUCCUUGUCGAAAUGCCGCCAGACUUUUAUGAAUUUUGGAAAUUUGUAGAAAGCCUAAAAACCGAUUCCUCAAGGCCCAAGGACGCGGGUCUAGUGCACCUGGACAAAGUUUUCCAACUGCAACUGGUGGGUCCCUUUGAGUUCCUGGCCGGCAAAUUUCACGGCGCUAAAUUAGGCGAACCGGGGGACUACUUGCGCCACUGGCGCUUUUACUACGAUCCACCCGAGUUCCAGACGAUCUUCGUGCGCCGGGGCACAGGAAUUCAUUACGGCUAUUGGCGCGAUGUGCCGCAGGAUAAGAAGAAUCUCUUAAUAGCCCGCACCGACUCGUCCAAGGGCUGCGAGUUUCAGUUUGUGGCUGGAAAUGCCUUCGAUGCGUUCCUCUACUUCCUGGAGCAUGACUUUGUAGCCACUCCCUUCUCAGCCGGCCAGUUAAAUGGAACCAAAAAAGCGGUGCCGAAGUACUUAAGCGACAAUUCCCUGGAACUGGCACAGCUGGACCGACUGCAGCAGGAGCGCAACAAGCGGGUGGUGGCCAAGACGUUUCACCGUGCAGGUAUUGUGGUGCCCUUUGACCGGAAGACGCAACUAGGCUACCGCCCGCUACCAGUCAGUGAUGCCGAGCUCAAGAAGAUGCUGGCCAUGCUGGAGCGCAAGGAAGUCGAUAAUGGAGCCGCCAAGCAGGCUGUGCUAGAGAAGCUGCAACCGGUGGCCAAUGCCGCCAAUAUAGCCGUGGAUGAAUCGGAUUUUGGCAGCGCCCUAGAACUGGGAAUCGACAUGUUUAGUAGUGGGCACAAGGAGCUGCACAUGCUGACCUCCUCCUUGUUAGUUCCUGCAUAUUCGAUGCUAUCCCGACCCCAGUUCAUCGCCAUUGCUAAAGCGCACAUGGAGCAGCGUCGGCGAGAGGUUAACCUCAGCAUGUUUGAAGUACUGAAGUAAUUCGAUUUUUUAUUCCGCAACCGCAACAUUUUUACAAGCAUUAAAACUAGGAAGAACACA